AUGAUCGUAAACGAACGAGUGGCUGAAAGAUGUCGCACUCCUGAUGGGACUCCCGAUUAUAUGUGUGCUGAAAAGCAGUAUAAUUUGAAACGUGUUGCAAACAUAACAGAUUAUAAGAACUACUCGACGUCAGCAGAUAUAUGGUCAUUGGGUGUGCUGAUACUUCAUAUGCAACUUUGUGUACGAAUGACACAAAGCGGUGAUGGACAUUUGAAGCAAUAUCUGAAUGAUACAAUGCUCAACUUUGAUUCGUCGACACGCCCAACAGCCAAACAAAUUUUGGAAUCAUAUUUGAUCAAAAAGUGGUGCAAUGAAAACCUCGAGCAGGACAAAAAUUAUCUCGUAAAGCUUUUUAUUUACGAGUUAGAUUGGCAAAAUCGCUCCAAACUGGAUAUUGAUGGCUACAAUUACGAUGCAUGUGAAGCAGUUCGUAAUUUUAAUUUCUAG